AAUAGCAGACAAUAAUUCUACCAUUAAUUAGGAGGAAUUAUAAUUGGUUGGUUUGUCAAAAAUUAUUAGUUAGUACAUAAUUCCUUAUUGGUUGAUUUAACUAAAUUACCUUAAAUAGAUUUUAUUUUAUUGUUAAAUGAUUUGACAUCAUCACGAUUUACGACGGAUAUAUUUGAGCAGACAUGGCCUAUCACUGUUCAUAAUUAAUAAUGUCUAAACCAAUUUUCUACCGAAAAAUAUACAGUUACUUUUUUUAAUACAAGCUAGUGUAUGACUUUUCUCUUAGGGUGAUAAGAGUUUUUUUUUAAAUAAAAUGGUUACAUUGGAUUUAUUUAGAUAUAUAUACAAAUAAUGCCUUUUGAAAAAUAUUUAUAAACGACUUCUGAAAUAUGUCUUAGAAAAACAAAAUGGACAUUACACAAGUCGGAAAAACUAUUAUAUCAUCCCUAACGUAUACGUGUAUUUUAUAAGUAUUUAAUCACGAAAAAAUAUUGUACAUAAUAACUUUAUGUGUCUUAAAAAAUAAUUGUUGUUUUUUACUUUUAGUAGAAAUAAAGAAAGACGUUUUACAAUUUUAUCUCGAUACAAGUUCAACAUCCUAUGUCAGAAAUAAUUUUUUCUCGUACUUCUUUCGGUACAGAACAAUUUGUCUUCAGUUAUAUAAGUGGAAAAUGAAACGAAGCAAGAAGUGUUGUAAUAACGGACUAAAACAGACUGUUUUUAAAUGAAAGGAAAGAAAGAGUAAAACCUAGACAUGUUUUUACCUGUAUUGAUGAAAUGGAUGAAAAGAUUCGCCCUACUUGUACUGAUAUUGUAUAUCGUUCAAAUUUGCCUGCUAGAAAUCGAUGUGAAAAGUAGAAUAAUGAUAACCAUUACUCAAGCAAACUCUUCAAUGAAGGAGGUCAGAAUGGUAGCAAGAUCAAGCUCUCCGAACAAGGAGGUUAGAUUUAUAACAAAAUUUCAAUCUCUACAAAAGGAGAUUAGAAUGAAAACAAGAUCAACGAAGGAGAGUAAUAGAGUGACUAUAGUGAAGAAUUCUUUAUUAAAUGAUGUGAUGGUAAAACAUAAUGCAAGUUUGGAGAAACCGGAAUGUUUCCACAACAGUACAUGUAGUGGGGGUAGAGUUGCUGUAGAUAUUUCAGUUGCGAACUUUGAGUCAAAUGAAAGUUUAUUUGCACGUGCAGUUGAACCCGGUGGAACUUAUACCCCAACCAACUGUAGCUCCAAACAGAAGACUGCAAUAGUGGUACCAUACAGGGAUAGAGAAGAGCACCUUAAGAUAUUCCUACGCCAUAUGCAUCCGUUUCUACAAAGACAGCAGCUGGAGUAUGGAAUAUUUAUCAUUGAAAUGGACAAGAAUUUAAAGUUUAACCGAGCAGUACUACUAAACAUAGGGUUUGUGGAAGCGAUGAAACGUCACAACUAUACGUGCUUUGUUUUCCACGAUGUCGACCUGCUUCCAGAAGAUGACAGGAUUCCUUAUUCGUGCGCAAAUAUGCCCCAACAUUUGUCUGUGGCCGUGGAUAAAUUAAAUUACAGAUUGCCAUAUGAAAGUAUUUUCGGCGGAGCAUGUUCCAUACAGACUGAGCAUUUUCGGAGAGUAAAUGGAAUGUCUAACAUGUUUUUUGGAUGGGGUGGAGAAGAUGAUGAUUUUAGUAAAAGGAUACGACUGAGUGGUCUUAGAAUUGUGCGACCAUCGAUUGCUGUCGCUAGAUACAAGAUGAUUAAACACACGGAGGAUCCGAAUAAAAAUCCAGAUCGGUAUUGUUUACUGGAAUCAACCAGACAGCGCAUGCGCAAUGAUGGCCUUUCAAAUUUGAAAUACAGUGUAAAACAGUUUGAACUCCGUCGACUCUACACGUGGAUAUUAGUGAGCGUAAACGAAACAGAACAAGUUGAAACGGACAGCUAUUUAUUCAAAUUCUACAAGGCUUGCUCAGAUAGGAGGAAACGUUAUAUAAAGAAUGAAAACAGAAAAACAAACACAAUACAUAGAGGAUAUUCAAGUUUUUUGCAUGAACAUGGUUUUUCAUUUCCAUCGAGUGGUAUGAAAAUGAAAUAUUUCACGAGUGGCGUAGACGUGCAAAAACGUGAAUUUUCUGUUUAUUAUAUACACAAAUGAUUAAAAAUAUCGUUUGUUUACAUUUAGAUCGAGCGACAAACACAACAAUGCAUUUUCCGUACAGCUAAACUUUUUGUCCUUUUUUUAAAUACAUGAAAAACGUUACCUUUAUAGCACCAGCAAAGACAUUAAAUAUAAAGUGAAGUUGUACGAGUUGCGUGCAACUCGCAGUUCCCGAUAAUUUUGACAUAGUGU